AAUUCGAUUUAUCGAUCACAAAUGAGGAAUCUUGCAAGGAAAAUGGUCUUGGAUCGUUUGAUGGCGAUGCGAAUUCGAUGGAAAAGAUUCCAUUGAAUGGUAUUGAGGAUGAUACGAUUAAGACUGAAACGAGUGGUGAGAUUAAAGUGGAGCUGGAUAAUUUUAGUGCUGUUUGGGAAAGGGCAGAGGCGGAUGAUUCAAAGGAACAAACGUUGGCGAUCAAAAAUGUUUCGUUGAGUGCCAAACCAGGACAACUGGUCGCAAUUGUGGGUCCGGUGGGAAGUGGAAAAUCCUCAUUGGUGUCAUCAAUUCUGCACGAGACUGAGCAAGUUGGUGGAACCAUUAAAGUGAUGGGUAGAAUAGCGUAUGUAUCGCAGGAUGCGUGGAUAUUCAAUGGAACGAUACGAGAGAAUAUUCUGUUUGGAAAGGUUUAUGAGGAGGCAAAAUACAACGAUGUUAUUCGAAUGUGUGCACUGGAUAAGGACUUGAAGCAAUUCUCGAAUUUGGAUGAAACACUGGUGGGCGAUCGUGGUCAUUCGUUAAGCGGUGGUCAAAAAGUGCGGAUAGGUUUGGCGAGGGCGAUUUACUCGGACGCCGAUAUCUAUCUG